ACAGACAUUAUCAACACUAUGUGCGGGUACAAAACCAUUGACAAAGAGCGCUUGAGUGUUCAACAUAUUAUAUAUGUCCGUGGGUGCACGAAUGCAGUGCUUAUUUGGUUUUUGGACAACUACAGCGUCAUGGCCGGCGUGCUGCUUGGCAUAUUGCUACCCCAGUUCCUGGGAGUGCUGUUAUCCUUGCUUUACAUAACUCGGGUGGAAGACAUCAUCACUGAGCACAAGCUGAGCGAAAUGCUGUGUGAAGAAGCGCGGCAGAGAUCUGCCCCCGAGUUUGCUGGAGCCAACUGCUGCAUGUGUUACCCGGGGUGA